CCACACCCCAUUCCCCGAGCUGCAUAUAAACUCAACUUACCCCUCCCCCCAAAAGAGUGAGGAACCACCUGUCCACUUCAAACCCCUCUUCCAUCCAAGUUCUCAACUAUCAAUGGCAUCCAAGACUCUUCCCAAUGGCCUCCGCGACAUCAAUCGCUUCAUCACCUCAACCAACGAAGAAGGGAAAGCCGUCUACUCAGAUGCCCUCCCUUCCAACGCGAAAUGGCAAGAGAUCGGGGACUCGUUCAACUUCUUCCUGGGAUACACAACUGAGAAGUUCCCCGCCUGUUUAGAUCCCACAAAUGGUUCCACACCAGAAGAUAUCGAGAAGUAUUCGAAGGACCUGGAAACUCCCUGUGGUCUAGCGAAGAGCACUGGUACGUGCUCUCCAUCCAUCUACCUUGUACAAAGAUACAGUACUCGUACCUAGAGUAAGCGUUAACAAACCCCAGGUUCCGUCUGCAGAAUCGUAGAUUUCGGACCGGGAUUAGGACCCAUGCAUCGAACCAUCUCGCUCGAUUUCGGGAUCCUUCUAGAGGGGACGAUGGAAUGUUAUUUGGACUCCGGGGAAGUGAGGACGUUCCAGCGAGGCGAUAUUUGUGUCCAGAGGGCGACGAGCCAUGCGUGGAAGAAUGUUACGGCGGAUGAUGGGUGGGCGAGGAUGGUGUUUGUGUUGCAGGGUUGUGAGGCUCCUGAAGUGAAGGGGGGGAAGAUGGGGGAGUUUUUGGAGUAUGAUGGUCCGGGUGUGAAGACUUCUUGA